AAUGUAAAAUCUGCAAAAUCUAUCAAAAUAUCUGGUCACAGUGGAACAAAUACUGCCAGAUCGUGAGCCUCGUGAUACAACUAACUUGAUAGCAAUGAACUUUGGUUGAAAUAAUUUUUUUACAAUGAAAUGAAAUGGUAUCCUAAUCAUGACUCCCCCCCCUGGAAAGAAUAAUCAUGGCGGAUUUAAACGCUGACGUUGAAUGUAAAACAAGUUUUAAAAUCGAUUAUAAUGUACGAAAGCGUCUUUACGCAGAAACUGCUCAAAGCAGUGAAGAAUUCUAUGGUAUUCUGAUUGGUGAUAAUACAGAUGGAUCUUGUGAUAUUGUAGGCUGCAUUAGAUGUACAUAUGAUAAAAAUACUGAGAAAAGUUUUAGUAAUAGACUUCCUCACUGGAUUCAUGAAGUUGCUGAAAUUUGUACAUUGAUACCUACAGGUUUAAAGAUCUGUGGUGUGUGCUUUGUGUCCCAAAGUAAACCAAUUCUUGAUUCAUCUUCAAUUAGUGAAAUAUUUUCAGGGGCAGAUAUGAAGUCUGAUCUGAUUGACAACACACAGAUAUUAUGGGUUUUGGAUCCAGUCUCAAAAGAGGAGGAAGAUGACAGUGUAUUUGUUUACAAUCUGCUAUCCAAGUCCGUUGAAGAAUCAAAAGUGUAUUUUAAUAAUAUAAAUGAUGAGUUUAUUUCCAAACACAUGACACUAAGAUUGCAUCAUAAGUUUGAUAUUUUAGUGGAAAAAUCAAGUGAUGUAGAUAUUUCUUCUGGUUUAUGCAAGAAAAUCACUCAAUUCUGUAAUAAAUUACAUGAUGCUAUAUUCUACCUUCCUGAGUGCAGAUUAUUAAUUGGUGGAGAAAUGACACAAAGUUCAGGCAAGAAAUGUCAAGACAUUCUUGAUGACAUCAUCAUGAAUGAAGAAGCCUCUAAGGCCAAAUAUAAUCAACGUCUAAAAACACAACUAAAGGAUGUUCUGAACGUCCGACUAGUAAAAUCAUUAUCAAAAGAUGAUACUCUAAAAUGUCAUAAUCAUGCUCCAGUUAUGUUAUAUCAGAAACUUUGAUGAAUAAAGAUGGACAAACGCCACUAGAUGUUGCUUCCUUGUGUGGUUUUGAACACAGCGUACAGUAUCUCUCUCAAUUCCAAACAACAAACUUUUAUCCAGGUGGACAAAAUCUGAAAAGAAGUCAUGACGAGGACGAUUUUAAUAGAGAAGUGAAAAGAUUGUGCAGUGGUUCUUCACGGAAGCCCAACGGCAUUGAUUAUGAAACAGGGUUGUUAAUAAAUGGGUUCCCAACACCAAAGGAUAAACCCGCAAUACAGGUGGAUUCACAAAUGAACGGCAAUAUGGAUCAUGACAUGGAAGUCUUAUGUGAGGAUGUAAAACCCAUGUCGGUGGUUCGGGUCGAAAAAAUUGCAACUAAACUGUCCGUACCGCAAAGAUGUAUGGGAAGUCAUUUGAUGUAAAGAGAUAAAGAGAUGCGAUCGAUUAGAAAAUUUAAUUUUCAACAUUUCAUGCUUUUAGAAUAAAAUAGGGAUGUUAAAAAUACACCUGUAUUGCUGUAGUAAUAGGCGUGAAUGCAACUGUAGAUUUUUCUGUGUUUGUAAAAUAUAUUUUGUUGCUAAAAGGGAGUACAUUAAAUAAUUUAUAUCGCUUAAAUUUAACAAUGCAGUUUUAAAGUAAU